AUGCCACCAAAAGGUUGGAAGAAAAACGCAGAGCAAAAUGGUGGACAUUUACCACACAAGGAGAGAGAACUCGUAUCCAUCGACGAAAUUUUGUUUCCUCGAGCAACACUACAAAAAUUAGCUAAAUCCAUUAUACAAGAUGACGAUGCGCAGAACAAUAUGAUCUUGGCAAAGGAUUCAUUAUUGGCAUUGCAAAGGUCGUCGACCGUGUUUGUUAGUUAUUUGUUAUUUUAUGCCAAGCAGAUUGCAAACGAGACAGGAAGGAAAACAGUUAACGCACAGGAUAUGAUGGGUGCUUUGGAACGAGCAGAGUUUGGCGGGUUUGUUCCCGAGAUCAAGGAGAAAUUGGCAGCUUUUGAGACAAGUUCAAAAACCAAGCCCAAAGUGGCCAAGAAACCAGAAGAAACUGGUUCAAGGAAUGCUUCGAACUCUAAUGCAGCGACAACAGAGGAAGCGGAAAAAGUGAUUACAAAGAAACCCAGGUUGCAUGAUGGAAUCCGCAUGGGUGAUACAAUUACAAUUAAGGAAUCUGAUUCUGAAGGAGACGAUGAUCUGGAGGAAAAGGAAGAUAUAGAAGAAGUUGAAGUGGACAAAGUUGCUAAUAAAGAAGAUGAUUUGGAGAAAGAUGACCAAGAUGGCGAGGAAGAUGAGGGGAAGUUAGAAAAUGAUAAAGAAGAAGAAGAAGAAGAAGAUGAUGACGAAGAACAAGAGAAUGAUGAUGAUGAUGAUGACGAAGAAGAAGAUCAUGACGAUGAUGAAGAAGAAGAAGAGGAAGGAGAAGAGGCGGAAGUUUCAGUUAAUCCCAUUGCUGCGUCAUCGAGAGAUGAGUAUGAGUUGGAAAUUGCUGGCGAGGAGAAUAUGAAUACGGUUGAUGAGGACGAUGACCUUGAUGAGUCGGACAAUCUGGGCGAAGAAGAUUGA